CUUCUCAUUGUUUACAGUUCAUCUUUGUUAACGAUAGCACUUGCUGUACUAAAGUCAAUAAUUUGGGUGUUCAACAGAAAAAAUUUGGAGUACUUUGUUAAUUUCAUGUUAACAAGUUAUUGGAACAUAGUUAAAGUUGAUGUUUUUAUACAUUUACAAGAAUAUGCAAUAUAUGCUAAAUACAUUUCAAAGGGCUAUCUUGUUUCCAUGUUCAAUACACUAUUAUUUUAUAGUAGUUUACCUAUUAUUGAAGUACUCAUUAGUAAACAUCAAGAUUCAAAUAAUAAUUUUACUAUGAAAAACUUACCAUUUACUGGAGCAGCCCCUGUGGCUUUUGUCAAAUUUCCUUUCUAUCAGAUUAUAUAUAUACACCAAGUGUUAGCAACAAAUAUCUGCGCUCUGAUUAUGCUUGCAACUGAUGCUUUAAUAGCAUCUGCUUUGCUCCAUACAUGUGGCCAUUUUGCAGUACUUAAACAACAAUUAAAGGAACUUGAUUCAUAUAUUUACUGUGUAUGUAUCAUAUCAUUCGUAUAUAGUUUUACCGUAAAACUAAUGGAAUUAUCAUCUAAGUAAUAACUUCGUACCUUAUAGAUAACCAAUUCAGAAAAUAAUUUGAAAAACAUAGAUACAAAUAUGUAUAACAUAAAAAUUCAAUUGAUGCAUGUGAUUCAACAUCAUCAAAUCAUUCUUUGGUUUUGUGAUAACAUGGAAAAGAAUUUUCACCUAAUGCUCUUUUUACAAACUAUCACUAGCAGUCUCAUAAUUUGUUUUGUUGGAUUUCAGGUUUCUACUGUAAGUAUAACUUUAACGUAUUUUGCACUAACAGAGCAUUCUAAAUUAAUUACAUCCUUCUCUCACUUAAUCGUGGCACUUUUCCAAUUAUUACUUUUCUGUUUUCCCGGCGAUAUUUUAAUGCGACAGAGUACUGAUAUAAGCACAGCUGUAUACAGCAUUCAAUGGUACAAAUUGCCACGUUGUAUUAAAGAUGAAGUCUGCAUGAUCAUAUUACGUUCUCAAAAACCUUGUUGUAUUACAGCUGGAAAACUAUAUGUGAUGCAUUUAGACAAUUUCUCUGCGGUAAAGUUUACCAUACUUUUGUUUAUAAAAAUAACAAAUAUCUUUACUAUUACGAUCUUAUUUACUAUUGUAUGUAAAAUUAUAAGAAGUAAUAAUUGUAUCAUGAUCAUUUACAGAUACUUAGUACUGCAUUUUCGUACUUCAUGAUGCUUAGAAGCUUCAAUUCAGAAGUUUAAAAUGUAUAU